UUGGGGGCGCUCUUUCUUCUAGUAUUCAAGGCUCUUUAUUUUGGGGGUAUAUAUGAUACCUGGGCUCCGGGAGGGGGGGAUGUAAGAAAAAUUACCAACUUGACCCUUAGUCCAAGUAUUAUAUUUGGUUAUUUACUAAAAUCACCUUUUGGAGGAGAGGGAUGGAUUGUUAGUGUGGACGAUUUGGAAGAUAUAAUUGGGGGGCAUGUAUGGUUGGGUUCGAUUUGUAUACUUGGUGGAAUUUGGCAUAUUUUAACCAAACCUUUUGCGUGGGCUCGGCGUGCACUUGUAUGGUCCGGAGAAGCUUAUUUGUCUUAUAGUUUAGGUGCUUUAUCUGUUUUUGGCUUUAUUGCUUGUUGCUUUGUCUGGUUUAAUAAUACCGCUUAUCCGAGUGAAUUUUACGGGCCCACUGGUCCAGAAGCUUCUCAAGCUCAAGCAUUUACUUUUCUAGUUAGAGACCAACGUCUUGGGGCUAAUGUAGGAUCCGCUCAGGGACCUACCGGUUUAGGUAAAUAUUUAAUGCGUUCCCCGACCGGAGAAGUAAUUUUUGGGGGAGAAACUAUGCGUUUUUGGGAUCUACGUGCUCCCUGGUUAGAACCUCUAAGAGGUCCCAAUGGUUUGGACUUGAGUAGACUUAAAAAAGACAUACAGCCUUGGCAAGAACGUCGUUCCGCGGAAUAUAUGACUCAUGCUCCUUUAGGUUCUUUAAAUUCCGUGGGUGGCGUAGCUACCGAGAUCAAUGCAGUCAAUUAUGUCUCUCCUAGAAGUUGGUUAGCUACUUCUCAUUUUGUUCUAGGAUUCUUCCUAUUCGUAGGUCAUUUAUGGCACGCGGGAAGAGCUCGCGCAGCUGCCGCAGGAUUUGAAAAAGGAAUUGAUCGCGAUUUUGAACCUGUUCUUUUCAUGACUCCUCUUAAUUGAGAUAUGAGAUCUAAUGCUUGAAGUAGGAAUCACGUUGAUUUUACCAUACAUAUAGGGUUGAGUCGAGCGGGUCAGAUUAAAAUCAAAAAUAAAAAGUAUUUUACUUCUCGUUUUAAUCCAUUUCUAUCUAAUCUAAUUAUAUCGAAAUUCUGAAUCUUUUUUUUUUCGGGCUCGGCUAAGUGGUAGUAUCGCCGAGCCCGAAAAAACCGAACCAACCAAAACCAAUAAAAGAAAAAGAAUACUUUCGUCGAGCAAAAACAAAAGGAGAGAGAGGGAUUCGAACCCUCGAUAGUUCGUGUUGUGAACUAUACCGGUUUUCAAGACCGGGGCUAUCAACCACUCAGCCAUCUCUCCAACCAAAAAGCCAAUUUCUAUUUUAUCUUUAUUCUACUGAAUAGAACAUAACUAUAUGAAUUAAUAUAGUUAGUAUCGAUCGAUGAUCGAUGGCAUAGAUAUCCAGUGUGAAUCAAUUGGUCACUUUUAAUUCUUCAAAAUAUUAUAGAAGAUGCAUGAUCCAGCAUGUCUUUUUCUGAAAUAAAAACAAACCUUCGAUCCAUGCCUAAAAAGAAAGGGGUAGGUAAUACGUCAUAUAAAAUCAAUAGAUUCAUGAUAAAACCCCAAAAUAUGUUUUUUUAUUACAAUUUUUUUUUGAUAACGGAAUCGAGGAGUUGGGAUCAAAUGGUAUAGUUUUCUUUUGUUGGUAAAUUGGAGGAUUAGAAACAUGACUAUAGCUUUCCAAUUGGCUGUUUUUGCAUUAAUUGCUACUUCAUCAAUUUUAUUGAUUAGUGUACCGGUUGUAUUUGCUUCUCCUGAUGGUUGGUCAAGUAACAAAAAUGUUGUAUUUUCCGGUACCUCAUUAUGGAUUGUAUUAGUUUUUUUAGUGGGUAUUCUUAAUUCUAUCAUCUCUUGAAGCUAUUUGUUAUAGAUCGAAAAAUGAACUGAAAUGACCCCUCCCCACGAAUUCUUUCGAAUUGUGAGGCACAUUAAAAAAAUGGAAUAUAUAAGCCCCCAAAUAAAAAUAAAGAAAACUAAGACAUUAUAGGGAGGGAGGGGUCAAACUUUUUUUUCUAUUGGAAAAAUCUUCUAUACUUAAUAUUUAUAUCAUCUUAUAUUUAUAUAUAGGGAGGGUAUAUUGUUAUGGUAUAUUGUAAAACUUAAAAACAAAUCUCAAAAUAGAAAUUGAAUUCAACUUUCAAAAUCUAUCAAUUUAAUAUAAUUAAAUUUAUAGAAUAAAAUCACAAAAUAAAAAAAA